AUGGAAUGUGCAUGCUUCAUGGAGGGUAGUCGUGUACAACUCAUCAUGGAAACCUCGGUGAACAACUCGACCGAAGCGUCCCUCAACACGUGGAACUGCCUACACUGCCGACGCCGUAAGAUCCGAUGCGACCGCCACAACCCGUGCUCUCAUUGCACAAGGGCAGGUCUCGACUGUGUCUUCCCUGUCUCGGGGCGCCUCCCUACUCGCAGGAACACUAGCUCGGGAGCUGCGGUCCAUGACGCCAAGCGGAAGCAGACUGAGCUCCUCGGACGUGUUAGACACUUGGAAUCAAUCGUCACCCAAUUACAUGAGCAGCUAGGUCGAAGAUUCGAGGAAGAGUCGUGCAUGAAUUCAAGUCUUGCAACAUCUACAAGCGGCUCCGGGAGCCAUAAAGUCUUGUCAGGUUCACAGGGGACACCCUUGAAACCUGGUAAACUUUUGGAAACCAGUGAUGGGAAGGUGUACAUGGGCAGCCAUCUCUGGGCUUGUCUCUUGGAUGAGGCAACCAAUAUCCGUCACACCAUCGAAGAUGGCUUGGACGAAGAUAAAUGCCUCGAGGAGGAGCUCGUCUAUCCCGAGACCCCGUCUAACGCCUCGAGCUACACCGGUCUUUACGUGUCUCGGCCCAGGAUAGAGGGCCCAAACCUUCAGAAGCUUCAGCCACUCCCCUCUCAGAUGCCUUACCUAUGGCAGAAGUUUGUAGCCAAUGUUGACCCUUAUGUGAAAGUGCUUCACGUUCCCAUGACUAUGAAGAUUGUCAAUGACUCAAGAGGGGAGAUUGCAGGGAAAAUAUCGUCCACAGCGCCACGCAUUCAAGCCCUGCUGUUCGCGGUAUCUGCGUGCGCCGUAACAUCGCUCACUGAGGAAGAGGUUAGCGAUAGCUUCCAUGAGACCAAGAGUCAGCUUCUGGGCAAGCUCCUUGUAGGGACAGAACAGGCUUUGAUCAAUGCGGGAUUCCUCGACACAUCCGAUAUCGUUGUCGUCCAGGCCUUCCUCUUAUAUCUCGAGUCUUACAGCCAUGUGGAAGUAAUUCGCCCGGGCUGGCCUCUUGCUGGCCUUUUGGUGAGGACAGCCCUAGCUAUGGGCCUCCACCGUGACGGUUCUCAGUUCCCCGAGCUCUCACCAUUCGAGGUCGAGCUGCGCCGUCGCGUUUGGUGGCAGAUAUGUUUCAUCGAUUCUCGGGCUGGCGACAACUCGCUGCCCGACAUUCGGAUCGACGAAACACUCUCUGAUACCCACCAGCCUGGAAAUUAUAACGAUGCUGACCUGGACCCCGGCAUGGAGUCUCUGCCGCCUCCGCGCGAGGGCGUCACUGACACCACGAUGGCUCUCGUCCGUGCCCAUCUCUGGCAGUUUGAUCGUCAGUUAGACAAUAUCAGGAGCCUAGCCACCGCUGUCGAACAAAAGGACGUGACUAUCAGGGCCUUCAUUGAUAAGAUAGAAUCCAGGAUCCUACGGCACCUAAAGGUUGACGAGCCUCUGCACAUGCAUGUUGCAGCAUUGACGAGGCUAGCGGCUGCGAGAGCUGAGCUGACCAUAAGGUCGGAGGACCUAGCCUCUGGGACGGCCAAAGGAGUCAGGCUCACGUAUGUUGCCUCGCGCAACAGGGCAUUCCUUGUCUCGGUCGCGGUGCUGGACUGUGCAAGGACCCUGAUUGAUUGGGCUCCUACCCGUGGCUGGUCUUGGAUCUUUGCGGGCUGUGCUGCGUGGCAGCCUCUCACAGUCCUCCUACUCCAGCUCUGCUCUCGGCCGUGGGGGCCGACAUGCGAAAACGCGUUGGAGCUCGUCGACCGAACGAUCACUGGCCUGCCCCUUGCUGUGAAGCGAGACCCCGCCCAUCGCCCGGUCUGGAGCCUCGUGACGGAUGCAAGACGCCACAGGGCGAAAGAGAUAUGUCGGAUACAGGCGGACCCGGAUGUUUCUCACGAGAUGGCACGCCGCAAGCCUAUUACCUUUGAGCAAGGCUGGGAGUUCACUGGCGAACGACGCGAGAUCUUUGAUACAGCAGCUGCGGAGGCGCUGCUGGAUGAAGAGGCCAAACUUUCGAUGAGAGCAAAGGGUUCAAAUACCACACAACCUCCCACAGCGAGCGGCAGUAAAUCAGCAUCGCCGGCAUUCAAGUCGACAGCAGGAGACUCAGAAACGGGAGUCAAUCAAGGGAUGGGCGAUGAAGAACCUCCGUGGAUGAAGGAGGUCUGGCCACAGGACGCCUCAACUGCGGAGGGCGUCUGGUCGUUCAGAGAGGAUGAUAUGUGGCAGUUGGCUGGUUUCGAGGCUGAGCCGUUCUUCGACAUGCUGAUUCUUGAUGAAACUGCUUGA